GUCUGAUUCACAGAUCAGUUUAUCCUUCUUACCCUCUUUGAGUUACUGAAAUUCUCUUCUUUUUUACCCUCCUGGCGAGGAUUUAUAAUUGCUAAUUCGAUUUGAAUUUGAACUGCUAGUUGGCUGGACCUUCUUUACGAUUCGCUCAUUACCAACCAGCUUUUGAGUUUCGUUUUUGUUGUUAAUAUUCAAGAUGUUGGCCAAGGUUUUCUUGUGGGCUGCGGUUGCUACUGCUAUGCCUCUCGUUGAAAUGUCUCCACGAGAACUCCACGAGCUUGAAGUUCACCAGCCAGUCUCGAUCAGGAAGAAUUCACCUCUCGAGGCCCGAGCCAACAGAAUCAUCCCCGUCGUCGUUGGCGGUGCUCAAGAUACCUUCGUUCCGAAUAUGAUUCGAGCAGCAGCCGGAGACGUGAUCCAGUUCCAGUUCAGUUCUGGAAACCAUACCGUCACUCAAAGCUCUGAAGACUCCCCAUGCCAGCCACUCCAGGCUACACAGUCUGGAGUUAUUCACAGCGGGCACAUCCCUUUCGAGGCUGGCCAGACUACCGUUGGAACGUUUAAUGUUCCUCUCAACAACACGGAGCCUAUCUAUCUGUACUGUGCUACUGGGCCGCACUGUCAGAUUGGUCAGGUGAUGGCCAUCAACCCCCCCUCUGAGGAAAACUUGGUCCAGUUCUCCAAGAAGGCAGCCGGUGCCCUGGCCAACGUCGACGCUGGUGCAGCUACAGGCGGAACAGUUGGAGAGAUUCCUUUGGCAGAGGCAGCGUUUACUCCGGCUGAGGAAGAGGCUCCUCCUGCACCCCCUGCUGAGAGUCCUCCUGCUGCAAGCCCUCCAGCCCCUUCGGCUCCUGCACCUUCAGCACCUGCUCCUCCGGCUGAGACACCGUCAAGCACUCCUGGGGCAGCGGCGAUGGAAGCACAUCACCGCCUUGGAUAUUAGCGGGUCUUUUGUACAGUUUAGGAAAUCCUUAUAUCAAGAC